AACUGCUACCCUUUUGCUCCAACCAAACCCGUUUCGACACACGGGGAAGCCAGACACUGCCGUCGUUCAAUCCCCCAAUGGAGGAACCCAAGCAGCAAGAGUUCACCAAGGACGGCUCCGUGGACCUCCGCGGUCGACCGGCCCUCGCGUCGCGGACAGGCCGUUGGAAGGCGUUUCCUGCUCGGAGCAUGCAGGGUACGAGGCGUUCGAGCGGAUGGCGUUCUACGGCGUGGCCUCGAACCUGGUGGUGUACCUGACGACGCAGCUGCGGGAGGAGACGGUGUCGUCGGUGCGCAGCGUCAACAACUGGACGGGGUCCGUGUGGAUGACGCCCAUCGUGGGAGCAUACAUCGCCGACACCUUCCUCGGCCGCUUCUGGACCUUCACCAUCUCCUCGUUCAUAUACCUCUCCGGUAUGGUUCUCAUAACCUUGGCCGUCUCCGUCAAGACGCUACACCCGCAUUGCACGCCGGACGGUGGCUGCGCCCGGGCUACGCGGCAGCAGGUGACCUUCUUCUACGCGGCGCUGUACACCAUGGCCAUCGGCGCGGGCGGCACCAAGCCCAACGUCUCGACGUUCGGCGCCGAUCAAUUCGACGACCUGGACGCGCGGGAGCGCAAGAUCAAGGCCUCCUUCUUUAACUGGUGGACGUUUAGCUCCUUCACCGGCGGCCUCGUCGCCAUGCUGGUCCUUGUUUACGUGCAAGAGGAGGUCGGCUGGGGCGUCGGGUACACGAUCCCCACAGUCGGCCUCGCCCUGUCCCUCCUGCUCUUCUACGUGGGCACGCCGUUCUACCGGCACAAGCCACUCAGGCGAAGCACGGCAGCCGGACCGGCAAAGCUGAUCGGAAAGGUGUUGAGGGCGGCUUAUGAGAAGCGGGGAUGUCAGCUCCCGAGCGACCCCAAGGAGCUCCACGAGCGCGACACGGCGUGGUACGCCGCGGCCGGCAACAAGAGGCGUCUGCUCCACACGCCGGCGUAUAGGUUCUUGGACAAGGCGGCCUGCACGUUGUCGGAGCGUGAGAGUGAGACGAGCCUGGCCAUGGUGUCCUGCUGCACCGUGACCGAGGUGGAAGAGGUGAAGCUCAUAGCCGGCAUGAUCGUCGUGUGGCUGGUGACCCUGGUGCCCUGCACCAUCUGGGUGCAGGUGAACACCCUCUUCGUGAAGCAGGGAACCACGCUGGACCGCUCCGUUGGCGGCCUCCGCAUCCCGGCCGCUUCCCUGGGCAGCUUCAUCACCAUCUCCAUGCUGCUCUCAAUCCCGAUCUACGACCGCGUGUUCGUGCCGCUCGUGCGCCGCCGCACCGGCAACCCCCGGGGCAUCACCCUGCUGCAGCGGCUCGGCAUCGGCUGCGCGCUCCAGGUACUGGUCGUGGCCUGCGCUUACCUCGUCGAGAUCAGGCGGAUGCGCGUGAUCAGAGAGCGCUCUAUCCACGGUGCCCACGACACCGUGCCUAUGAACAUCUUCUGGAUGCUGCCGCAGUACGUGCUCCUGGGCGUCGGCGACGUCUUCAACUCGAUCGGCAUCCUCGAGUUCUUCUACGACCAGUCGCCCGAGGGUAUGCAGAGCCUCGGCACCACAUUCUUCACCCGUGGGCUCGGCGUCGGUAACUUCCUCAACAGCCUGCUAGUGACGAUCGUCGACCAGGCCACCAGGGGAUCUUCAGGGAAGAGCAAGAGCUGGAUCGGUGACAACCUCAAUGACUCGCACCUCGACUACUACUACGUGUUCCUCGUGUUCCUCUCUGUUGUGAACAUGGCGCUGUUUGUGUGGGUUGCCAUGAGGUACAAGUACAAAAGGGAGUUCAUGGAGGACGGGGCAAUAGGGAUAUCCGAGACUGACAUCGUGGCUGGCGGCAAGGUGACGGACACACUAUUGAUGCUGGAGCAUGGUAAGGCGGAGGGCUGCGGCAAGGUGGCGGACACGCCGUUGGUGGUGGAGCAUGGUAAGGUGGAUUCUCCGUAAACAAUGUAAUAAUGUGAGCUUGCUCGUCUCGUUGACAAACAGAUGUACUAGUUCUAUCAAAUAUCGCGGUUUUCUAGUUUUCCUGAAAAAUGUAUUCCCGAGUAAGCUAACCCUCCAAUCGACAAGUACAUUCCUUGAACGGAGGGUCAGCAGGCUCUAUAAGAACGUGGAUUUUGACUUCUUCUCCUUUUAUUGCUCCCUCCGUUCUUAAAUUUAUGUCGUUGUUUUAGUACAAAUUUGAAAUUUGAACAACGACAAGAAUUUACUAACGGAGGGAGUAGAUACGUACACAAAAGGUUUGGGUCGGGUCGAUUUACACAGACGUGACACUCGACAAAGUGGGCCCACCUGUAAGGAAUCCUCUCAAACAGGUUUAAACUUCUAUUUUGAGCUACUUGA